AUGAAGUUCUCAGCUCUUGCCGUUGCCGCCUUUGCUACUGCUGCCAGCACUGUUUCUGCCACUAUCACUCUCAUUCAACCUUGGGCCUCCACUACCUGGACUGCUGGUCAAGCCGGUACUGUUCAAUGGAGUUCUUCUGCUGAUUUGGCCUCCAAGUACUGUGAAAUUCACUUGUUGACCACUGUUAACAACACUGUCUCCUUUGUUUCCAACUUCACUGCCAACGGUAACUUGAUCCCUUGUACCUACACCUCUGCCAACUUCCACCCCUUGCCCGAUUACCCUGCUGGUCAAUACUCCAUCCGUAUGGGUCCCAAUGGUGAAAGCACUGACUCCUACGCUUACUCUGGUGAAUUCCCCUUCGUUGGUCAAGGUUCUGUCGCCAUCUAA